AUGGCGCCGGCUACUGAUUCGUCCGGCGCCACGCGAGGUGCACCAAGCUUUGUUUUUGGGAGGCCAUCUCAACCACAACCUUCGAACGAACCUGAUGUCAUUGAAAUCGAUGAUGACGAUGACGACAUCUACAAUCAGCACGACGGCGACAUGGAAGACAGCGUCAAUGAAAUGGAUCAAGCCGACAGUGACGACGUCGAAGAGAUUGACGUCGACGACGACGAAGAAGAAGAAGAAGAAGACGACGACGAAGAAGAGGAGGAACACGAAGAGGACACUGCAGAAUCAGUUGCAGAAAGGAGUCUACAAGCUAGUCCAGCUAUUCGUGUGCCACCUCAGUCCAUGUUCACCUCGUCUGGUAUUCAGGAAGCUUUGCAUCCCUUGCGACGGACUGCCGACCGUGUCACUCGCCAAAUGCAAGCUUUCGCAGAGAAGCUCGACCGCUUUAAAAAGCAGGACCGUACUCAGGGUUCUUACCAAGCUGCCUUCUCCCUCAUCAAGAGCUACCAGGUGCACGCCUCGGAUGCAAUCAAAGAUGCCUCUCGUCAGAACACUCUGCGAAAGGCCAAAUUGGGCUGGACUACGAGUCGGGAGUCGGAUAAUGCAGAUCCAAAAUCCGAAGAAGACCUACGGCGACUGCAGCUUGAAGUCGACACUUGGGAUCUUCUCCUUAAUCUGAUUGCCGUGGACGACCCGGCAGCGCUUGCUCAUGUCAAGGAAACCCAGAAGUCAGUCUUUCAAAAUCUACAUCGUUAUUCUACAGACAGGGAGGUUUGGGAUCAAUUCUUGGACGCCGACAAUUCUGCAACCGAGUGCGUGAUGGUGUUGAAAUGGCUCGAGGCCAAGUCAAAAUCAUCGUCGCAGCAGCUGGAUUCCUUGAUUGCAAGCUUGGAAUCACAAGCCGAUAGGGGGAGCGGGCUGUGGGCUCACGGCUGGCUAUACACCAAGGAAUCCAUCAAAGGGCAGAAACGUCUACGCGCGUGGCCUCAACCGUUGGAACCAGGUGAUCCUGGUAUUUUGGCUUCAUUGCUGAAUUCCGAAAACAAAGAACCUUUGAUCACUCAACUUGACCCAGAUGCUGUGAUCCGACAAAAGCAAGGAUUGCAGAAACAAGAUCAGUUCUACGAGCAGGCUACCUGGUUGACCUGCUGGAAAAUGCUGAGACAAGGCGAGAAUUGGACAAAGAUCCAAGAGUGGUCGCAAGAACGACUCGAAAGUUGGCGCGCAGUGAGCCUCUGCGGCUCGAGUAUCGACAAACAACCAUCUUCAAGCGUCAAAACACCGAUAGAUGACAGCAUGACACGCAUGAUGAAUUGCCGAUCGCAGGACACAUGGCGAGCUGCUUGCUCUGCUCUUGCCCGUAACGCAAACACGGGCGACUAUGAGAAAGCUGUUUAUGCGUUGCUUAGUGGCGAAACAGAGCCGGCGUAUCGCGUCUGUAAGAGCUGGGAUGAUCAUCUUUAUGUUUUUUACAAUCAUAUUCUCCUCUCUCGUUACCGGGACUUCUGUACUCAAUUCUCCCGAAAGCUCAGCCACUCUCCCCUAGCAAACGUGCCAUUCGUUCCAGAACCGAUGGACUACAGCGCUAUUCGAAAAUUCUUGGAGAGCCUGAGGGCGCAUGGGGUGAUUGGCAUGGAAGCGCGCAAUCCAUAUCACACUAUUCAAGCAGCGAUUCUGGGAAAGAAUUUCGAUUCGUUCUUUCUGUCAAUGGCAAAUGCAGCGUCAGAGGUCAGCAGAACAUCAGAGUUUGUAUCCUUGGUACCAGAUGUCGGAGCCACUGGAGUCGAUGCCUCGGCAAUCAUCGCGGUUCGAGACAAGGACGCAUUGCGAAUCAUCACCCACUUGUAUAUUAUCGCGCAGAGUCUGUCCUACACUCGGUCGGACUCUCAUUUUGCCGAGAGAGCCGCACUGAAUGUGAUUUCUCAUGCCGAAAACCUGCGUCAAGCUGAGCUCACUGAGUGGAUUCCACUUUAUGUGUCUUUCAUCCCAGCUUCUUUGGCUCCUAACGUCAUGGUGAAAGUGCUUAUUGACAUUGUCAGUGCUCCAGAAAGAAACAGGAUGACCAAGCUUAUAGAGAAGCACGAGAUCUCCGUCCCUGCUCUUCUGGAUAGCCUACAUAAGUAUAUCAUCCACCAUGCGCCAAGGGCGCAGAGAAGCACUAUUACUCUAGAGCACAAGACAGUUCGUGAUCGGACGAAGAAAGAAGUAGUUCUGAUGCCGGUUAGUAAGAGAUUUGCCGGGAAGGAAUUGAGUCUUGAAAGCGACAGCUUGAUUCAGUGUGCCGAAUGGUAUUCAGUACUUGAGGGUAGCUGGGUUGUACUUUGCCAAUUGCUGGGAGUCCUCUACAGACGGUUUUACGGCCAUGGUAUGCUAUUGGAAGCCAAAGAGCUCUGCGAGAGAAUGAACCUUGCCGAUGUAUCACAACGGGCUUUUGGAUACGAUAUACGACAGAGACAGGGUAUUAUCGAAGAGUCUUCUCCGGUGGACUACCGUUCAGUCCCUGUCAGUCCGUCAAAGAGCCCUUCGAAGAAACGCUUGCGCCGGUCUCAGAAUCCUGACGAACGAACGGUGAAUUAUAAUGCAGCUCAGCCAGUUCUUGAGUUGGAAAAUGUCAUUCUUUCGUACAUUGCUUUGGAAAAUUUUCAAGUUGCUUGGGAGGCAUUGGAAUUGUAUAGGAAUACCCCAGAUGCAGACGAGUCUCAAGUUCAAGUAUUGAUACAUGACCUGCGCCUGGGCAUUGAGCAAGCAACCGAGCAUGCAGAGGGACUCAUUGACAAGGAAUUAGGCGUGCUGACCCUAAGGUCUACGCCGGAAGAAGAGAAACAGCUGGCAUACAUUCGGCAAACCUACUUCCCGGACGUCAUUCUAAACUACAUCAGUGCAAUAUACUACGCGAGUUUGAAGAUCGAUCGCGGUUUGCUACUGCGAAGCAUGGAGCUGGCCAUCCUCAUUGCAGAGGACAGCUUCUUACUGGACUGCUUUAUUCGCGCGCGCCGGGUGACCGAAUUAGCAGAUGCUAUGGCCUUGACGUCGGUCGCAAUGGUGAACUCCCCAAUACCUACUAAGGCGAAGAAACAGCAAGAUGGAGAUGCGAGACUGGAUGUCUGGGACGUCAAAGUGGUGGAUAAAAAUGGCGAUGAUGGUUCUUCUUAA